AUGGACGAGAAGGAUUUGGGAUUUGACCUAAUUUUUAUUCCGUUCAAUGACGAACGGUGUAUUAAGAUUAUCCGGAAUGGAAUACCGGAAUGUAUCGUGAUUGACAAGUUUAUGGGACAAUUAUCUUGUAUCGUAGGCCGGGCUAUCAUAUGCUGGAAGGUUUAUCCAGAAGGGGACCUGUUUACGAUGUUUGUAAUUAAAAAUUCGUGGCAAUUUCCCGAACGGGAAGUGGAGGGAGAGUUGUUACGCGAGGCAACCGAAAAGGGUGUUUGUAACGUCACCUGGUAUUAUUACUACAAGAUUAUUUACGUUAAUGGUAGUAGUUUGAAUAUGCCUCGUAUGUCUCAUAUUUCCCAGGGUAGCAAAAGAUCAUCUAGCCAAACUAACGCACCUCUGUUAUCAAGUAAGCAAUCCCGCUCGGAAUCUCCGGUGAAAAGAGACCUUAUCCACCCUAGUUUACCGCCGAAUCGCAUCCAUCGAUGUGUUAUUGUUUGUGACUAUGGACAAAAUAUUUAUGAAGUUAGCUUGUAUGUGGCUCUUCUUGCUGCAUUUGAAAGUUGUAUACAAGGAUAUAAGUUAUUAUUUGAGGCUGGUAUCCUCCACAAAGAUAUAUUAAUUAAUAAUAUUAUGAUUAAUGAGGAUGGUAGUAACCUUUCAGGAUUCUUAAUCGAUCUCAAUCUUGCCAUCAAAGUAUAUACGAGGGCUUUUAUGGCAAUUAGGAUACUUAAAGGUCGUCAGUAUUCUUUCGAGCAUGACCUCAAAUCCUUCUUCUGGGUGUUAUUUUGGAUAUGCAUACAUUAUAAUAGUUCGAAUGAGGAAAGAUCCGUUCCCGAAUUUGAGAAGUGGAAUGUCAUCAGCAUAAGCAAAUUGGUAACAUUGAAAAGAGGUAUUGUCGCGGACGAGUAAGACUUCAUCAAGAUAUUCAUUGAAAACUUUACGCCAUAUUACAAGCCUU